AUGGUAUUUGGUCAUGAUUUGCAGAUUCGAUAUGCUUAUGAGUUGCUGACAAAUCCAUCAUGGAAAAGAAACUAUGACAUUUUUGGCUUUGAGGAGCAAAUAGAUGUAAUUGAGAAGCUAAAAAAGAAAUAUGCUGGAGAAAGCUUUUCACGUAUACACCUUCCUUUACUAGAGUCUGCUGCUUCUGAUUCUGAAGAUCAUAACCUUCCAGUCAUUACCUCUAAGGAUUUCCAGACCAUGUUUCAGGACAACAAGCCCUGGCUAAUUCAGGCCUUCCUUCUUUUGUUGCUUUUCCCCAGGGAUGUAAAAGUGCCAAGUGCCUUAUUAGGUAUGAAGAAGACCCCUCUAUUGAUUCAGUUACAGAUUGGUUUGCAACAACCAUACUCGGUUUACCUCGUAUUCUUUACUACUCAAAGGAGUCGCUGGUAAUCCUAAUGAGAAUUUUCUUUCCCAGAUUCUGAAAAAAAGGGUUUUGGACAAGAAAGCUAGAAGUGAGGUUUUAAGGUAUCAAUGAUGCAAUAAAUAGAAAAGUUUGCUGUUCAAGCUGGAACUUUCAAGGAAGAUGAUCAGAUUGAUUUGCCACCUGGGUUUCGAUUCCACCCAACUGAUGAAGAGCUUAUUU